GAAUGUUCGCGAUAAUCUCAAAAACUGCUGCACAGUUUUUAAUACAGUUUAGGAAGUUUUAAGUGUAUAAUGUCGAGUUUUAAGAACAGGAACUAUAACUAAAACAAGUGACAAAUACUAGUAAUUGUUUUAACUGUUUAUUGAGGAAGUAAUUAGGCUCACAACUAAAUGAGCGAUGUAUCAGAGAAGAGUAGACGCAGCGUCAGCGUGCGGCGGCAGCGCUCCAUCUACCAGGUGCACUACUGCAUGCGGCGCCAGGACCCGGAGAUGACGGCCCGGCCGCUGCUCGUGCCCACCAGCCCGCUCGAGGUGCAGGCCUACGCCCUCCAGGUGGCCGGCCAUAGGAACACUGAGGAUACUAAGUACUUAGGGCUCCUCCAAUGCAACAAUGGCACGAUAAUGAAGCCAAUCAUAAAAGAGUCUCAGAAGCGCGAGGUGGAUUUCUACGAGCGCCUGAAGAGCAGCACCCUGGCCGACCUGCACGAGCUGCGGGCGCUGGUGGCCAAGUACUUCGGCAGCCGCAAGUACACGUACAACGGCUUCGAGCAGGAGUACAUCAUACUGGAGGAUCUCACUGAGAGGAUGCUGGAGCCUUGUAUCAUGGAUGUUAAGAUUGGCAAGAGAACAUGGGACCCUCUCGCCACAGAAGAGAAGAUGCGCAACGAGCAGAGCAAGUACGCGGCGUGCAAGCAGGAGUACGGGUUCUGCAUCCCCGGGUUCCAGGUGUACCGGCUCAGCACCGGCAAGCUCUGCAAGUACAACAAGGACUACGGCAAGCGGCUGCACGGACAUGCUGUUAAAGAAGCAAUCCGCAACUACCUGAACGGUAUAGGUGCGACAUUAUGCCGCGCGCUGCUGCUGCAGUUCCUGUCGCAGCUGUGGAGGAUCCAGAAGUGGUCGCGGCGGCAGGCGGCCGUGCGCCUGUACAGCGCGUCACUACUGCUCGUCUACGACGCCGCCAGGCUGCGGGACUGCUGCCAGGGCAAGGAGUUCACAGCCCGCGUGGGCUGUCGUCCAGCGACGGUCCCGCGGCGGCGCCACUCCAUGCACAGCGUGGGCUCGGGCUCCAACUUCAGCGGACAGAUCUCGUCCAAGGGCCCCGUCUACAAGAAACUACAGUCCGUCCCGCUCUCACCCAUGUCUCUGUCUCACUCUAGCUUCUCACCCCCACCGCCCAUCAACUCCCCAUGGUCGGAAGCCCUCGCCAGCUUCAACCACAACCACUCCUUUGAACACAACUACGAGAACAAGCUCUCUAAGAUAAAGAUGAACUACAGAGCCAUGUUAGACCAGUUGUCCUACGACUCGCCUACGCCGAACCCAUGGGGCACCGUCAAGAUUAUUGACUUUGCUCACGCCUUCUUCAACAGCGAAGAAGAAAAGCAAAUCGAUGAGAAUUUCAGAGAAGGCAUUGACAACUUUGUUGAAAUAUUCGAAUGUUUUCUGAGAGAAACUGAUGAUCAGGUUCUGUGAUAAAGACUAGUGUCUAUACAGCUUACUGUUGCAGAAGUGUAAUUUAUAAAGUUUUCCGGAUACGACCUGUCCACACAUUAGAUUUUGUGAACCGAUUUUGUGUUCGUUAAUGAAUAUUUACAAGAAUAUUUUCCAUCUUACUCCUACCUAAUUUUCAAAACAACUCUUACUUCUAUCAUGAAGUCCUAGUACUUCAGACCAAAAAUAAGUAUUUUUGUUGCCUAUAACUUUGGUUCACAGUAGUGGGUGGUCAGGUUCGUGGCCCAAGUUUUCGAAUGUAAUAAAUGAACUUAGUGUGGAAUGCGACUUAAUAAUGAUAGUUGAUUGUGUGGCACGUUACUUGUCGCAGAGGUAAGUGAUAACUCCUAGUCGUGGGUUUCUAGCGGGCAAUAUAAUAUUGUUCCUAAUCUAGUUAUUAGAUGCAGAAAAUCUUUGUGAGAUUUGUCACUUGUGUCUAUUUACCCAAUACACAGUAUGUGCGUUCUUUGUAAUCGCGUGGUAUUUCAAUGUGUCAAACGUCUACAAGACUAAUAAGUAUUGUUUGAAUAUGUAUCACUUCAUUGUUAAACAUAAUAUCGUGUAUCGUGAGGUGAAGCUCUUUGUUUCUGAGUAACGUGUACUCUUGUCUAUAAGACUAGAUAGUUUUAGAGAACAUUGUAUAACUGCCUAUAUACUUAAUGUAACUCAAUGUAAUGCUCAAUUUUGUAAGCUACUUCAUUUGUUACUAGGUGUUUCCUACUCGGGACAUUUCAAGUCAAAAUAUUUUAGUACUUAAAUAGAUUUUAUUAUUCCAAAUAAUAGUUUUAUAUUGUUAUUAAUAUAAGUGUGAUAAAAGUAAAUAAAUUGUUUGACGCUUUCGCGUUAUAAAUAUUUAUUAUCGAAA